UCAUGACGACACGCCUGCCAAAAGUCCGCGAGACACAUUUACAUGAUAAUCCUGAUGUGUGACUGACAUUUCCUGAUCUCCUUCAUGCUGGAACCAUAGACUGUAAGAAAAGGCUGGAACUCUCUGUGAGAAAUAUGAUACUGCCAUAUAGACGCGCCCUGGACAAACACAUGGACUAAAGAACAUUUUAAGCCUUUUAAAAACAAGCAGAUGGAGAGCACGGGAAGCUCCAGCACUCUACCUCCACCACCAGACAUGCACGUAUCUCUUGUGGGUGAGUGUGUCGGCGCUGAGGAGAACCAACAGCAGAGUUUGGGUCAGUCAGAUGGGGCUCAGGCUAAAGAGGUCACCGAUAUCCAUGCUGCUCAGCCUGAUGGGACCUCUGCCACCUUCAGAAGGGCACACGUUCAGUCUGGCAGUAAGCUAUGUGGCUACCUCAACAAGCAGGGUGGACCUCUCAAAGCCUGGAAGUCCCGCUGGUUUGCCUAUGAGGAGAAAAGCUGUCAGCUGUUUUACUACCGCAUGGCACAGGAUAUCAAUCCUCUGGGUAAGGUGGAUCUGUCUCGGGCCACGUUCAGUUACCCGUUGCAGGGAGAGGAGGGAACCUUUCAUAUACAGACACCAGAGCGCACUUUCAUUCUCAAGGCAGCUAACAGGGAUACCCAGAUGUACUGGUUGCAACAGCUGCAGUUGAAACGUGCCCUAUUCAGGGAGAAGCAUGCUGAACAUCAGUCCAUGCCAAGACCAGACAACCUAACUGUGGAAAGCACACCAUCAGCAAACUGCCCUGCUAACUUCUUGCCGAUGGUGAAGACUCCUUCAGGCCUGGUGGGUGAAGAAGCUGCCAGUCUGCCCGCACCAGGAUUAAACAACCCCCUCAAUAUGUCAAUCAAACAUCCGCUAAUUGAGCUGCAGAACACAAUGCACAGUUUCCGUAACCGGCAAUCACAGGAAAUUAGACAAAGCGUUUUCCAUAUUGACGACCCAAAUGACAACCAAAAAACACCCUCAUCUAAGACACACACUUUAUCAGUUCCCACACCCAGAUCUUCUCAAACCCCAGAAUCCCCUUCAAACGCCAGGUGUGUGGACCUGCACAAAAAUAAUCCAUCCACAGUGUCACAAAACAGGAAGAGUUGGAAAGAAAAGUUCCAACCUCUAGAGCUAGACAGAUCUCAACUUCAACAUGAAAAACUUUCCCUGGCUGAAGAGGUCAAAGCACAGAAGGAGUUGGUGUUGCUGUUACAUAAAGUGCUGGAAGAUGCUCAGCUGGAGAAACGAACCUGUGCUCAGUUUCUAGCUGCGGAGGGAGAGCAGGAACGCUUGGAGCUCCUCAGACACGGUGAACGGCGGGCAGCCAAACUGAGAGACCAUCUGGAGUCCCUGCAGCAGGAGAACGAGAACCUACGGAGGGAUCUGAACCAGAGGGACUCUCAUGUCGCUGAACUCCAAGAGAGUGUCCAGCUCCUGAUGCACAAGAACCAGGCCAAACAGGAAGUGAUAUUGAAACUAUCUGAGAAGUUAGCAGCCUGUGGGGAAGACCAGCAUUGCACCAAUGGGCUGGAAACGGAGACCUUCAAACAGCUUACACUGGAGAAUAUGCAUUUGAAAGAUGAUUUGAAAGCAUAUAAAACCCAGAACCAGUACCUAAACUCUGAGAUCUACCAGCUGACGACUCUUUGGAGAAAAAGUUCAGAACAGGAGCAAAGUCUGAUAGUAAAGUGUGCUGUUUUAGAGGCCAAUAACUGUCAGAUGGAAAGCAGAUAUUUGGGAAUCCUCCAGAAACUCCAGGAGAGUGAGGAAUUGAAUCCGGAGCUGAGGGAAGCAAUCAAGAAGGUGCUUAAAGAUGCAGUUCAGGCAGACCUGAACGCAGCCAUCAAAAUAAACCCCAUCAGUGAGUACGAUGAAUAUGGAUUUAAGAUCGCAGUAGACUACAAAGUUGAGGACCUGAAGCUCCUUGCUAAGAUCCAGGCCCUGGAGAUCCGAUCCCAAAACCUGCUGAAUCACGAGGAAUGCGAUGGGCCGCUGUUGGCUCGUUGCGCUCAGCUCCUGUUCGGACGUCCUGAAGCUGAACUCUCUUCGUCAACAGAAUUGAAGGGUCUACUCCGGACAGGCUUGCCACGCGAGUACCGCGUGAGGGUUUGGCGUUUUAUGAUACAGACUAGAACCAAGACGUUAAGAGAGCGUCAUCCCGACCGCUAUCAGGAGCUGUGCGAGAAGAGCAGAACCUCGCCUCACCUGGUGCCCAGACAGAUCCAGCUGGACCUGGAUCGUACGUUGACCACCAAUCAAUACUUUUCCCCUCCUUCGAGCCCCUUGAUUCAGAAGCUGGAGAGAGUUCUGCAAGCGUUCUCAUGGCAAAACCCCACCAUCGGCUAUGUGCAGGGACUCAACAGACUGGCGGCCAUUGCUCUGCUGGUACUGCAGGAUGAGGAAGAUGCCUUCUGGUGUCUGGUAGUGGUUGUGGAGUACAUCAUGCCUCACAAUUACUACACUAAAGAUCUGCUGGGCUGUCAGGCUGACCAGCGUGUACUAAAGGACCUCAUGUCGGAGAAACUGCCUCGACUUACAGCGCAUCUGGAAGCUCUAAAAGUAGACGUAUCACUCAUCACUGUUGAGUGGUUCCUGGUGCUGUUCGUUGAGACUCUGCCUACCCGCAUACUGUUUAAAGUAUGGGACACCUUCCUGUAUGAGGGCAUCAAGGUGAUAUUUCGAUAUGCACUGGCUCUUUUUAAAUACAGAGAGGAAGACAUCUUAAAGAUUCAAGACAGUGUUGAAAUGUACCAGUAUCUCCGUAUCUUCCCCAUCACCAUUGCAGAUGGAAGAAAGCUGACAAGCAUCGCCUUCAAUGACAUGAACCCACUGCCCAUGAAGCUGCUGCGGAACCGGCGCGCCGUGCAUCUGGAACAACUCCGCACUGAGAUUAGAGAGCUGGAGAACUUGCAGAACGCAUACAAAGCUGAACACGUCCGGUGCAAAGACAAAGAGCUGGACACCCUGGCGAGUGAAGAUGAAGAGGAGGUAUAGAGUAGGCAAACAUAAGCUCUUGAUGCAUGUGCAAAUGCCUUGAAUGCUGACUGAGAAACACUACAUAAAAAUAACUCAUCAGUUACUCACCCUCAUUUAGUCCCAAUCUCAUUUGAUCAGCCAUUUCCAUUCAGUAAAAGUAAAUGGAGAUGGAUUCUGGCCAAAAAAGCACCAUAUAAGUAGUCAUAAAACUACAUGCACUAUAUUCCAAAAGUCAUAUGCUGCAAUAGGUUGCAUGAGGAACAAACCAAAAAGCUUUUAUCAGGAUGACAUGAAGGUGAGUAAAUUACGACACAAAUGGCUUGAACAAAAGGGUCAAAAAUUUGUAUCAGUCGGGGCAGCUGACCUCAGUAUUGGGCAUGUCUAUUGCAUAUAUGCAACUUUGCCACUGUUUAAAAGAUUCGGGUCAAUUUUAUGGACAUGAAUGUAAUUUAGCAAGGAUGCAUUAAAUUGAUGAAAACAGUU